AUGAUUGAGUCAGCUGCUUUGAAUGGGAGAAUGGCCGAUGGCGAUUUCUUGUCUGAAUUUGAUAUUGUCUAUGUGAACCAAAAGGCUGUGAAAGGGAGUGCAAUUGCUGACUUUCUAGCUAGUAGAGCUCUGGAGGACUACGAGCCAUUGAGUUUUGAUUUCCCAAAUGAAGACCUGAUGUGUGUAGCCGCUACUGAAGAAAGACCCCAAGAAGGUCACAGUUGGAAGCUAAACUUUGAUGGAGCCUCGAACGCUGUGGGCAAUGGAAUUGGGGCAGUCCUAGUGUCCCCGAAUGCUAUAGAGCGAGGAAUCAAAGUGCUAGAGGUCUAUGGAGAUUCAGCAUUGGUGAUAUAUCAGCUCAGGGGUGAAUGGGAAACGAGAGAUCCCAAAUUAAUCAGUUAUCAAAAGUUGGUCCUCGAAUUGAUUAAGGAGUUUGAGGACAUCACCUUUUGCUAUCUCCCACGAGAUGAGAACCAGAUGGCUGAUGCACUAGCUACCUUAGCUUCCAUGAUCAAGCUGAACAGACAUGGGGAUAUGAAACCAAUCCAAAUGAGUAUCUAUGAAGACCCGGCUCAUUGUUACAAUAUUGAAGAAGAGGAAAUCGAUGAUAGUCCUUGGUAUCAAGAUAUACUACGGUAUGUAAAAAAUCGUGAGUAUCCUGGCCAGGCAACGGAGAAUGAAAAGAGAACUCUGAGAAGACUAGCCAUUGAUUACGUCUUAGAUGGGGAGUUCUUGUACAAGAGGGGAAAAGAUCAGGUACUGUUAAGAUGUGUGGACGCCGUAGAAGUAAAGAAAAUUCUGGAGGAAGUCCAUGAGGGCAUCUGCGGAACGCAUGCCAAAGCUGCUUCGUAUGCUAAUGUUACAAAGUCAUCAGUCAGUAAGUUCUUGAAGAGAGAGAUCAUAUGUCGGUAUAGAAUGCCUGAAAGGAUCAUAUCCUACAAUGUAUUGAAUUUGAAUGGUCUGCAGUCAAUUCAAGAUCAGACAUCACAAUUCGUCGCCGUAUCGCCCGAAAAUGAAUGGUGUAGUAGAAGCGGCCAAUAA